AUGUUACUCCUCUCCACGACUGCUUUUCCCAGCGCGCCAGCAAAAUUCCAGUUCCUUGUUCUGUCCCUAAGGGCACUCAGGAGCGGGACCACCGAGAAACCCCGCUCUGCCAGUAAAACCAUAAACAUGAAGAAAUUAAAGCUUAAAGAACUGGAAAGCUGUCUUCAACAAGUUGAUACUUUUGAAAAUCCAAAGCUACUCCUUGAACAGUAUCCAACAAGACCUCAUAUUGCAGCAUGUAUGCUUUAUACAAUUCACAAUACUUAUGAUGAUAUUGAAAAUAAAACAAUUGCAGAUUUAGGAUGUGGUUGUGGCAUGCUCAGCAUUGGAAGUGCAAUGUUAGGAGCAGGAUUCUGUGUGGGCCUUGACAUAGAUGCAGAUGCACUGGAAAUAUUUAAUAGCAAUAUUGAAGACUUUGAGCUGACGAAUGUCAACAUGGUUCAGUGUGACAUCUGUUCUCUAUCUGACAGCAUGUCAGAUACUUUUGACACAGUUAUUAUGAACCCUCCGUUUGGCACCAAACAUAACAAAGGAAUUGAUAUGAUUUUUCUGAAAACUGCUCUACAAAUGGCAAAAACAGCUGUAUAUUCCCUUCACAAAACUUCAACACGAGAGCACAUUCAAAAGAAAGCAGCAGAAUGGGAAGUGAAGAUGGAAGUCUUGGCAGAACUUAGGUUUGACUUACCAGCAUCAUACAAGUUCCAUAAGAAGAAAUCAGUUGACAUUGAAGUGGAUUUCGUAAGAUUUUCUGCCAAAAAAGUCCUGAACUGAGGCAUGUAUUUAAAAUCUAUUGAAAAUGGAACAAUAAAACCACUAAUUUUUUAAAUUC